UUAAUUAUAAUCUCUCCCAAACCUUAAAAAAACUGUAUCUACCUUUCCUUCCACUUGCGGUUCCUCUCUCACUCCACUCCACACUCAGCCAUGUCUUCUUCCACCAACAUCCGUGAGAACUUUGUCUAUGUUGCCAAGCUAGCAGAACAAGCUGAACGCUAUGAUGAAAUGGUGGAAGCAAUGAAGAAACUGGCGAAGAUGGAUGUUGAAUUGAGUGUGGAAGAGAGAAAUUUGUUCUCUGUUGGGUACAAGAAUGUGGUCGGGUCAAGGAGAGCUUCAUGGAGGAUCCUAUCAUCAAUUGAGCAGAAAGAAGAAUCGAAAGGGAAUGAAUUGAAUGUUAAGCGUAUUAAGGAUUACAGACAGAAGGUGGAGUUGGAGUUGUCCAACAUUUGCAAUGACAUUAUGAUUCUUUUAGAUGAGCAUCUUAUUCCGUCGACUAAUAUUGCUGAAUCCACAGUGUUUUAUUAUAAGAUGAAAGGAGAUUAUUACCGCUAUUUAGCUGAAUUUAAAGAUGGUAACGAAAAGAAAGAGGUAGCUGAUCAGUCGCUUCAAGCAUAUCAGACGGCAUCUGCCACUGCUGAGAAUGAAUUACAACCUACGCAUCCUAUCCGAUUGGGUCUGGCCCUAAAUUUCUCAGUGUUUUAUUAUGAGAUAUUGAAUUCACCAGAAAGGGCAUGUCACCUUGCAAAGCAAGCCUUUGAUGAUGGCGUCUCGGAGCUGGAUACCCUAAAUGAAGAUUCUUACAAGGACAGUACCUUGAUCAUGCAGCUGUUGCGAGACAACCUUAAUUUAUGGACUUCUGAUAUCCCAGAAGAUAGUGAGGAACCAAAAAUUGAAAGCGCAGCUAGGACUGGUCAAGAUGAAGAUGAAUUGGGCCGUUAAGUUGACGACAUUCUGUCCUAAUAACUAUAUGAUUGAUGUGUUGAUUUUUCUCAGAAGAUUAUUUUUCUCCAAUUUAGUGAGUGAAACCAAUUUAUGGAUGGUGAACUUUUUUCAACUUCUGAGUUAUUGUUAAUUUAGAGUUGCAUCAUUUUAUUUGAAUCAUGUGCUUCAUUUGUAUGCUAUUGUUGUGGUAUUUGUUUCUGUAACAAUAUCACCAUUGGUUUGUAAUACAUGAAUUUGGUCAAUUUGUGCUAGUGGAAACUUCUUGGUUUGCACCUA